UAAGCUCGACGCAGGAGGCGGGGCCACUCACUCCUCGAGGCGGCCGCGCUCCGGCGUCUUGGAAUUUUGUUGCCGAGUCUGUGUGCGCGUGCGCGGACAUGGCUUCAAACGACUAUACCCAACAAGCAACUCAAAGCUAUGGGGCCUACCCUACCCAGCCUGGGCAGGGUUACUCCCAACAGAGCAAUCAGCCCUAUGGACAGCAGAGUUACAGUGGAUAUGGCCAGUCAACUGACACUUCAGGGUAUGGCCAGAGCAGCUAUGGUUCUUCUUAUGGACAGACCCAGAACACAGGCUAUGGCACUCAGUCGACUCCCCAGGGAUAUGGUUCCGCUGGAGGCUAUGGCAGUAGCCAAAGUUCCCAAUCUUCUUAUGGACAACAGUCCUCCUAUCCUGGCUAUGGCCAACAACCAGCUCCUAGCAGCACUUCAGGAAGUUACAGUGGGAGCUCUCAGAGCAGCAGCUAUGGGCAGCCCCAGAGUGGAGGCUAUGGCCAACAGUCAAGCUAUGGUGGACAGCAACAGAGCUAUGGACAGCAACAGAGCUCCUAUAAUCCCCCUCAGGGCUAUGGACAGCAGAACCAGUAUAACAGUAGCAGUGGAGGUGGAGGGGGUGGAGGCAGUUAUGGCCAAGAUCAGUCCUCCAUGAGUGGUGGCAGCACUGGUGGUUAUGGCAAUCAGGACCAGAGUGGUGGCAGCGGUGGUGGCUACGGGGGAGGCCAGCAGGACCGUGGGGGCCGUGGCAGGGGCGGUGGAGGUGGUUAUAACCGCAGCGGUGGUGGCUAUGAACCCAGAGGUCGUGGAGGUGGCCGUGGAGGCAGAGGCGGCAUGGGCGGAAGUGACCGUGGUGGCUUCAAUAAAUUUGGUGGCCCCCGGGAUCAGGGAUCACGUCAUGAUUCCGAGCAGGAUAAUUCAGAUAACAACACCAUCUUUGUGCAAGGCCUGGGCGAAAAUGUUACAAUUGAAUCUGUGGCUGAUUACUUCAAGCAGAUUGGAAUUAUCAAGACAAAUAAGAAAACCGGACAGCCCAUGAUUAAUUUGUACACAGACAGGGAAACUGGCAAGCUGAAGGGUGAGGCAACAGUCUCAUUUGAUGACCCACCUUCUGCUAAAGCAGCUAUUGACUGGUUUGACGGUAAAGAAUUCUCUGGGAAUCCUAUCAAGGUCUCAUUUGCUACACGCCGAGCAGACUUCAAUCGGGGUGGUGGAAAUGGUCGUGGAGGCCGAGGGCGAGGAGGACCCAUGGGCCGUGGAGGCUAUGGAGGAGGAGGCAGUGGUGGUGGCGGCCGUGGAGGAUUCCCCAGUGGAGGAGGAGGUGGUGGCGGACAACAGCGAGCUGGGGACUGGAAGUGUCCUAAUCCGACAUGUGAGAACAUGAACUUCUCUUGGAGAAAUGAAUGCAACCAGUGUAAGGCCCCUAAACCAGAUGGCCCAGGAGGGGGACCAGGAGGCUCUCAUAUGGGGGGUAACUAUGGAGAUGAUCGACGUGGCAGAGGAGGAUACGAUCGGGGCGGCUACCGAGGCCGAGGCGGGGACCGCGGGGGCUUCCGAGGGGGCCGGGGAGGUGGGGACAGAGGUGGCUUUGGCCCUGGCAAGAUGGACUCAAGGGGUGAGCACAGACAGGAUCGCAGGGAGAGGCCGUAUUAGUCUGGCUCCUGAAGUUCUGGAACAGCUUUUCUUCCUAUAUCCAGUGUUAUCCUUGUUAUUUUGUAAUCUUCCAAUUCCUGAUUGCCCAUGGAUUUUUUUUUUUUGUGUGUCAGAUUACAGUAAUUGUAACCAUACCUCUGGUUCCCAUUAAAAACCAUCAUUUUAGUUAAA